AUCUGAUUGACACAUUUUUUUUUUUUCUAUUGGUUGAUUUUUCGCGCCGGUGGAGUGAGCGGACAUGUGCGAGGCAAAACGAGUCCAGGGCGAAUGAUCCUUGGAACUUUCGCCUGUAUUUUAGGAACCGUAGGUACUACCGCCUCGAGGUCAGCUUGGCCGCUUGUCCGCCGCUUCUCCAAGUGCCACGUGUGCUGCAAGCUCGCUCCCAACUGGGGUACUAAGAAAGCUCGUCUCAGGAAGCUCGUCGCUGCUCAGACGAUGGCCACGCCGGAGGUUUGCCAGGUUCUCGAACCCCUCAGAAAUGCCGUCAAAGAACAGGGCGACUUGGUCCGGAAGCUCAAAGAAAGUGGGGCACCGGAGUUGGACGUCAAGAAAGCUGUUAACGAACUGAAGGCUAGAAAGAAAGUACUGGAAGACAAGGAACUCCAGUUGGCACCUCCAGAGGUGGGCUUUGACAGACUUCGGAUGGAAGAUCUUCUAAAGAGACGCUUUUUCUACGACCAGUCCUUCUCUAUAUACGGAGGUGUGGCUGGACAGUAUGACUUUGGUCCCAUGGGCUGUGCCAUGAAGACACAGCUGCUCAGCCUCUGGAGGAGCCACUUUGUGCUUGAGGAGCAGAUGCUGGAAGUGGACUGCACCAUUCUCACACCUGAGCCUGUGCUAAAGGCAUCUGGGCACGUGGAGCGCUUUGCGGACUUGAUGGUGAAGGAUCUCAAGAAUGGGGAAUGUUUCAGGCUUGACCAUCUUAUCAAGGCUCACCUGGAAAAGCUGUGUGCUGAUAAGAAGACGACGGCUGAACAGAAGGCAGAGUAUGAAGACAUUGUGGUCAAGCUGGACGGCAUGACCAAAGACGAGAUGAAUGCUGUCCUGCGACGCUUUGCGAUCAAGUCGCCUACGACGGGAAAUGAACUGAGUGACGCCAUUGAGUUCAACCUCAUGUUCUCCACAUGUAUUGGCCCCUCGGGGCUUGUUAAAGGGUACCUCCGACCCGAGACAGCGCAAGGCAUCUUUGUGAACUUCAAGCGCUUGCUCGAGUUCAAUCAGGGUCGGCUACCAUUUGCUGCUGCUCAAAUCGGCAACGCUUUCCGUAACGAGAUCUCACCCCGGUCAGGACUUAUUAGAGUCCGUGAGUUCACCAUGGCUGAGAUUGAGCACUUUGUGGACCCCUCUGACAAGGCACACCCCAAGUUUGCAUCUGUGAAGAACCUAGAGAUGGUCCUCUACUCGGCGUGCAACCAGAUGGAUGGCCAGCCUGCACAGAAGAUCACUAUUGGGCAUGCCGUUGAGAAGGGCCUGGUUGCCAAUGAGACCCUGGGCUACUUUCUAGCGCGCAUUCAGCUGUUCCUGGAGCGUGUGGGUGUCGACCCUGCAAGACUGCGAUUCCGACAGCACAUGAGCAAUGAGAUGGCCCACUAUGCCUGUGACUGCUGGGAUGCAGAAUGCAAGACUUCCUAUGGUUGGGUCGAGUGUGUUGGCUGUGCAGACCGCUCCUGUUAUGACUUGAGCCAACACACCAAGGCCACAGGCGUGCGUCUUGUGGCUGAGAAACCGCUCCCACAGCCAAUAUCUGUAGACGUGGUGGAAGCCCUCCCAAACAAGGCAGCCAUCGGCAAGCAAUUCAAGAAGGAGGCUAAGCCAGUUUCAGAUGCUCUAGCAGCACUCGCUGCCCAGCAGGUUGACCUACUGGAGAAGGAUCUCAAUGAGAAAGGGGAGUCCGAAGUGGCAGUGGGCGACUCGAAAGUGAAGAUCACUAAAGACAUGGUUCAAGUGAAGCGUUACCAGAAGACUGUGCAUGUGGAUGAGUUGGUGCCUGGUGUGAUUGAACCGUCAUUUGGCAUUGGAAGAAUCAUGUAUGCUGUCUUUGAGCACAGUUUCCGAGUCCGUGAAGGAGAUGAGCAAAGGACGUACUUCUCCUUGCCCGCUGCAGUUGCACCACUCAAGUGCUCCGUUCUUCCGCUCAGCAACAAUCCAGACUUUGCCAAGUUUGUGCAACAAAUCUCAUCCGCACUGACGCAGCAUGAUGUAGCACACAAGAUUGACGAUAGCAGUGGAUCAAUAGGCCGUCGCUAUGCGCGCACUGAUGAAGUUGCAGUCCCAUACGGCAUCACGGUGGACUUUGACACUUUGCGGCAGCCGCACACGGCUACCCUGCGUGAACGAGACACCAUGCUGCAAGUUCGAUGCCCUCUUGAAGACCUUGCUCCUUUGGUCCAUGACCUCGUACGUGGAAAGAUCACCUGGGAGCAUGUUUGCUCCGUUUACCCAAAGUUUGAGCAGCAGGAAGUGACCAAGGCAUAAUGAUGUCGGGAAUAGGUGUUGCGUAUUGCAGCCUUGUGAACCCUGUCCACGGGGCUCCUCGCUACCGCACAUUGCACAAAGUGCAUACAAGAGGCUGCAUCUUGUGUGGUCUUCCACUGGUAUUUCAUUUGCGCUGUGGAUUUGGCUAUGGGGUGGAGGACUUCUGCACCAAUGUGUUUUUUUUUUCAUGCGCAGGAGGGUCACAGGCCACAUACUGUCCAUUAGCCAAUGGCCACAUCUAAUGUUGUCGGGUGCUACAAUGUAGUAUUGGACGACGUAUGCUUUUGUCGUCAUCUUCUGGUUUCACUGUCCCUGUCUGUUUUAUUUUUCUGUCUUGUCUUCAUUUAAUCCUUUCUAAGGUGAAGUGAAGUCCAUGUAUGAGGUGCUUGCUCACUGUGCCAUUGAAUAUUAGCUAUCUGGAGUAAGCAAUGUUUUAUAACUGCUGAAAAGAAGGAAAAGAAAUUAGUGCAGAAGAUUUGUAUAGGGAAGUGAACAAAUUUCAACUGCUUGGCAAUUUUAUCGAGUUUCUUCAACUUUGAAUUAAUGAUCACGAGCAUCAUUCGCUGACAACACUUCAGAUAUUUUUGCUAGUUGUGCCCCUCUCAAACAGUAAAGGAUCUACAAGGGCCUAUCAUUGUGCGGACUAGUAUUUCUUUAUUUUCAUGUCUCAAAUUGAAUCUUUGACUGUGACACUUUUGGAAAGAGUAAACUGUUUCUCCAAACUGGCACACUUCGCGUUCUGUAUGAGUCAUGUAGGGGGCAAUCAGGCGAAUGAACACGAGGGGCCAAAAUAACAAAUCCUUUUGUUUAUGUUUUCAAAUGGCCUGUUACUCUUAAUGAUAUAUUUAACAUCAUGAUUACUGGCAUGUGUUGUCAAGGAUAAAAAACAUUUGUUUAUGAAUACAGGGCCAGAAGCAUUCUUUGCAGUGCUCAGCAGCAGGCUAGUGCUGCAAAUACAUUGCUGGGAAGCAAUGUACUUUGUGCAAACUUAUCGAAGCGCAUUACGUCAUAUAUGGCGCACCCACUUGGCACCCAUGGCACUUAUUGGAACGAAAUGAGCUUCUGAAAGAAACGAAGAUUCCAAAACAAAGGAAGACAGAAUGUUGAGCUUGGCUGUCUACUUUCUUUUGCUCAAUAAAUUGCAAAAACUGACAUGUGUCCCUGCUUCCAAUGUUGUGGCCUAAUGGAAUCACUCCUGUCUGUGCCAAAUCAUUGGUGUUCUUUUUAGCGCUAAAAGUAUUGGAUCUCAAUGCCUCUGAUGUCUGCUUUUUAUGCUUAUUUAAGAAAUAAAUGCUGAUUAUUUCUUUUUUA